AUGGUUUCUAGACAAGCACAAAGGAGGUUGAACCAGGAGUACAAGACGGUAUCCGCUAACCCACCCCCAUACAUCGUGGCCAAGCCCACCGACGAAAACAUCUUGGAGUGGCACUACGUCAUCACAGGCCCUCCAAAAACACCCUACGAAGAUGGUCAAUACCACGGUAUGCUUCGGUUCCCCUCGGAGUACCCAUUCAAGCCCCCUUCGAUUUCGAUCAUCACACCCAAUGGCAGAUUUGCCUGUAACACCCGUCUCUGCUUAAGCAUGAGCGAUUACCAUCCAGAUACUUGGAAUCCCGCCUGGAGUGUGCUGACGAUAUUAACGGGACUCUUAAGUUUUAUGACAGGCGAUGAGCAGACAACGGGUUCGAUCACGUCAAGCGACAUGGUAAAGCGCAAGUUGGCGGAGGAGUCGAAGAAGUGGAAUCUGACGGAAAACACUCGAUUUGGAGCGGUUUUUCCCGAACUCAAGAUUCAGAACGCCAAGGACAUCGCAGCGGCAGAAGCCGAAAAGCAGCAGAAGGAGUUGAUGCAGAAGGAAAAGGAGAGCGAGAGCGUGGCUCCACUAGAGAUGGAGGCACUAGAUGCAGAGGACCGGGCCCGGCUUUUGGUGCAUCAGGAACAACCCAUUGACGGAGGGCUUCUGCUAACGUUGGUGGGGAUGUUGGUUGCUGCUGUUCUUGCAGUGUACAUGUAUUUUUGA